UUCGUCGUUCGUGCUCGUUGAUUUUACGACCACUCAUGCCAUUUUUAUUUAUAUGUAGUGUGGGGUAACGAAGUCGUGGAAGAUCGUGCGAAUAGUUUAAUAUUAUUUGAAAGUAAUAUAAAAUAUUUCAAUCUAGUGAUGUAGUUUUAAUUUGAUAAACAAUUGUAUACGUAAUAAGACACAUUUCCGUAAAAAUCAGCGUUAUUAUAUUAACAUAAACGUUGAACGGGGUAGUGAUCACUGUGUAUACGACCAAAUUUUUCACGUCUGUGCUCAUUAUAAAAUGGAUUAUCGCCAAAAGAUGGUUUUGGCUUCUCAACAAAAGUUUCAUACUGAUGAUGACGACGAUGAAGAUUUAGAAGCUUUACGUUUAGCUGCAUUACAGUCAUUAAGGACUAAAGAUACUUUGCAUAAUAAAAGACAAUCUUUAACACAAUUACAAAAAGUUGUCCCACAAGUGACACAAAUUGCACGUCCGUCUUAUAAACCACAAAGGUUACCAAGAAGGGCUCAUUUCCAUAAUCGUCUUCAACAAAGACAGAAUGGCAAUUUAUAUUAUCAAAGCCCCAGAAACCCUAAUCUCAUAGCUAUCGUUCCUGUGGAUGAACAUUCUGAGUUACAAAAUAUUGAAAUAACAACUGCUACGAAUGUAGAAAAGACUGAUACUCAUCAUGCAGGCAUAAAAGUAGCAGAAGAAUCAAAGUUUCAUCGUUAUAAAGAUACUGGAAGUGGAUCUGAUGAAGAUGAUUCAAAAAAUCAUACGAAUAAUUUAUUACAAUUAAAGGGAGAGUCUGUUAAAACUGGUAGUAUAGAAAAUGAAGAUACUACAAAAAAGAAGGAGACUCAAUCAGAAGUUAUUGAUGACUCGCAGAAGCAUGAAGAUGAGGAGGAUGUCAAUGACGAUGACGAUGAUAUACUUUUGAUGGCUGAUCUAGAGGAAGAAGAUAGUUUAGAACGAUUAAUGGAUGAGAUGGAACGAGAAAUGAAUGUAGACAAACUAAUUGAGAAGAAGGAUAAAGAAAUAAGUAGAAAGAAUAAUAAACAAUGUGAUGAGAAUGUUAUUCAAGAAACAAAAAAGAAUGAAGAAAAUGUUAAUAGAAAGGAGAAUAACAAUCAUGCUACGUCACUUACAAUAAAUGUUAGAUGCGAAAGAAGAUCUGUAUCGCCGCAUAUAACAAGUGGAGUUUCUCAAAAACGAAGAUCUUUAUCGCCAAAAUCACGAAGUAGUAGAAAGAGAUCACCGAGAAGAUCUCCACGGAGAUCACCGUUAAGGCAAAUAAAAAAGUCACAGAGAGAAAUAAAUAAAUAUAAAUCUCCUGUAAGAAGAUCUCCACAUAGAAAAUUAUCGCCAAGAAUAAGAUCACCCAGAUCGUCGCCUCAUUCCAGAUCUCCAAAAUUAUUAAGAUCUAGAUCGCCAAGGAUAUUAUCACGUUCAAGAUCUCCUCCUAGGACAAUUCGUUCUCCUAAAAUAACAUCAAGAUCGCCUAGAUUGACACGAUCACGAUCACCAAUUAAAUUGUCAUCUCAAUCAAGAUCACGUUCAAAAUCUACUUCACCACGUCGAUUAUCUCCAUCAAAGAGAAUAUCACCACGAUCUCGUUCACCAGGAUUUUCUCCUCGUAGAGGAUCACCUCGUAGAAUGUCUCCGCCAAAAAUUUCACCAAGAAGAUCGCCAUGGUCAUCUCCUAGAAAUUCUCCACGCCUUUCGCCAAGGCGAAGGAGAUCACCUAAAGUAUCCCCAAAGGAAUUAACAAGAAAACAUGGGGGUACGUGCUCUGUGAGCCCUGAUAAUACAUUAAAUUCUUUAUACAUUAGAGAAUCACCUCCUAUGCAUAAACGAAGAUUGUCACCUGAAUCUUAUAGAGAAAAAACAAAACAGAAAGAAGAAAAUUCUGAUAAGAUUGAUUUAAGUGAUGUUAAAGAUACAAUUGAUAAUACCGUAAAUGAUCCAAUUUUGGAAGCACGAAGGAAAAAAUUUGAAUCUACAAGACCAAUAGAUCCUUUACUUGCUAAUAAGAAGAUCAAAUUAAGUAAUGCUAAUAAAAAGACAGAAGUUUUAGAUAGAACUCAAACGAUCAGCACAAAAAAAAUUAAUAAAUUAACAGACGAUGAUCAUAAUGUUAGAGAUAGAGAUAUAUGUUUGGAUACAACUUAUGAAUUUGAAGAAUUAGGUGAUACAAUGGAAAAUAAUUCUCCAUUACCUAUUAGCAGUUCGAUCAAUUCCUGUAUAAAUGUGGAAUCUUCAAAGACAGAGAAAGAGAAGUCAUCUAAGAAGAAGAAAAAACGUGAUAAGGAAAUAUAUCAAGUUGGAAAAUUAAAAAGUGAAUUGCCCCUGUCUGAGCGUAUUGGAAAAGAUAAAAAAUGUAAGAAAAGAAAGGAUAUUAUAACAGAAGUUCAAAAUGAGGACGUAGAUGCUAUUUUUGAAGAUAUAGCUGUAGACGAAGAGGGUGAUUUAAGAGCUGAACUUAGUAGAAGACGUGCUGAACGAUUAAACAGAUCUGUACCAAUUCAAUCAGCAAGACUUGUACAAUCAGCUUUCAAAGGAGUUGUUAAUGAAGUGGUGAAAAAUAAUGCAAAAGUAAAUCAGAGGCAUGUAAUCAAAAACGAUGAGAAAGUUAAUCAAAAGGACGUCAGACGAGUUACUGUUGUUAGAUCAGUUUCCGAAUUACAUGAUUCCGGAGAUGAAAGCAAUCUUGAUUCAAAGGUCCCUGUACGUUUAAGGCUAGGCCUUAAUAAACAAAUUCAAGAUACAAGAGAAACAAAAUCACGGAAAACCUCAAAAAGACAAAAUCGCAAGGAAUAAAGUAAAUCCGCGUUCAUCUGAUUGCUUGAAUAUUUAAACGAAGAGAAUAAGGUGUCCAUCUUCCAUCAUUUUUUGUCAACGUAGGAAGAUGUAAGCAUAUUAGGGGUUAAAGUAUAUUGCAAAAAUAUACAAACAUACAGUGAAGGAUAAAGAGCAUUGUGUUAAUUAACGAUAGACAAUAUCCAAAAUUUGCACAUCUUUAUGUCUAUUUGUAUUUAGUUAUUUAUUGUUAAGUAUUGCUAUUAGAUUCUUGAUUACAAUUAUAUUAAUUCAUCUCUGUUUUUUGUUGAAGUACGUGUACAUAAUUUAAAUCAAUCACUCAUUUAAUAAACAAGAAUCAUUAAUUAUCCCAAAGUCACCCUUUGUACACCUAAAACAUGUAUUAUUACAUAGAAAUAUUGUAUAAUAAUAUUGUCUGUACAUAUAUAAAGAUAAAUGGUAUAAAUCGAUCAGUUAAAAAUUGGUUAAUCGUAUAAGAAAUAUGUAGAAUAUUUUGUAAAUUGCAUUAAUGUAUCAUUGUGCAUCUCAAAAAAUUAUUUGUGUAAAUUCGUUAUUUAGAUGGAAGAAAAUCUGUUUGGUUGAAAUUGAAUUACUUAUACCAUGUACGUUUAAAGUAAAUGGAUACUGUGGAUAUAUUCAAA